GGUCGGCCGCCCUGCAAUUUCACUUGCCGUGGUACCCUGCCUCCGACGCAUAUUUACAAAACAAAUCUGCUUCACAUCAAAGUUCUUGACUUCUUCCUCCCCUCAACAUGCAACAGCCUUCAAUCGUAUCCGGGCUGCAACCGGCAGUAAUCGACAUAUUGCCAUGGCGCCGACGAUAGCUGAGUUGGAGCAGCACCGCCAGAACUUGAUGAUCGAAUACAACGCAUGGAGGUCAAGCUGGCUGGUCAAAAAGGUAUCGGCCUCUUCGCUAAACGAGACAUAUCAUUCUACGACUGCACCGGCACCAAGAACCCGUACGAAGAGCAGCCUCUUUUCGUCGUCAAUCAAUCCUUGUCGUCUGUCAACCAAUGGACGAUCCAGGAGAAGCUCAACUCCUUGAGGCCAAUCGACCUACAAGCACUCGAGCACGUUCCUGCAGUCCAAAUCCUCGACCGCAACUCGCUGCUCGGGCUCUUUCGCGCUACCGCCUUCGCUCUGAGUCAUCGCAGCGUGACGCCCUUCUACACCAUCUACGCCCUCGCGAACCCUUCUUGUACUCCUACCAUCUUUUUCUGUGUCCAUCCCUUCGCCAUCGGACUUUUUGUCUUCAUGGAAUGCGACGUGAAGGCCGGUGACGAGCUCUGCUACGCGUACACCGCCAGCGUAGCAUGUAUGACCACUGCAGAACGCCAGGAGUUCUUCAGCGAUGCUCGUCACAUCGACGCCUUCACCUGUCGUUGCGAGCUCUGCAGCGCGCCGCCGGAUCACAUCAGACAGCUCAGCGACAUGCGACGCUGCGCCAUGCGCCACCUUCUCUACCUUCUCAAGGGCUGUGAUCUUCCGGACGUCCCGCGCCGGAUUCCCCGCAUGAGGAGAGACCCACCUGGGAGCAAGCUGCGGGUCUGGCACAAUUAGCUGUACAGAUUGCUGGCUGAGGCGGAGAAAGUCUGGCCUCUGGCCAGGUCGUUGAAUGGCAAUGAUGGUUGGGCACCCCGGGAUCAGGCUAUGUUUCGGAGUCUGUGAGAUUGGAUACGCAUUUUGCGUUUGCAUAUUUGUUUCUUGCGAUCGAGGCUCGCGAUCGAGCGAUGCUUCGGGUGCUUGUCUAAAGCGUCAUGUCUGUUUCAAUGGACUAGGCCUCGUUGCAAGCCAGAUGGAUGGUUGAAGACUGCUAAAGAAAUGCUUGAAGUUUUCAAAAAGC